GACUACUGGUACAUUGUGUCCCUCAAAUUGCGUGGCCGCGUCACCGCAUCUCGUGCCCGCCGACUCGCCGUCCGGCAAUGUGCACGGCGUUUCAUGGCCUAGUCACUAGUCCCCAAGGAUGAGGCCGCCAGCCUUGAAAUGAACUCGAAAUGAAAUGCAAUGCCGCGCGGGCGGAGCGUCCUCGCCCUGCUGUUCCGCGCCACCUCCAGCGCCGUCCGCCGCCACCGCCACCCGUGCGCCUCCCCGCUGGCCCUCCACCCUCUCCUCCUCAAGUCCGGACGCGCCUCGCAGCCCCACAUCGCCACGGCCCUCUCCGUCGCGUACGCCGACUCCGGCCACCUCCCCCACGCGCGCAGGGUGUUCGACGAGACGCCGCACAAGGACCUCGUCCUCUGCAACGCCAUGGUCGCCUGCUACGCCGCGCACGGGCUCGCGCUCCACGCCUGGUCCCUCUUCGCCUCCAUGCGCAGGAGCUGCCCGGACCUCGCCGGGGACGGGUUCACCUUCAGCGCCCUGCUGCGCCCUCCGCGGCAGGUGGGCAAUGCUGAUGACGCUGAGUUCCUGCUCAGGCGGGGGGCGCUGGCGCACGGCCUCGUGCUCAGGCUGGGCCACCUCGCGGACGUGGUGGUGGCCACCGCGCUGCUCGACAUGUACGCCAAGUAUGGCCGGGUUGCCGAGGCUCGCCGGGUGUUCAACGCCAUGGUUGUCAGGAACGUCGUCUCCUGGAACGCCAUCAUUGUCUGCUACGGCUGGCAUGGUGAAGGCAAUAAGGACGCCCUGGAGCUCUUCCGGAUGAUGGUCAGGGAUGGGUGCUGCUGCCCAGAUGAGCGCACGCUUGCCAGUGUGCUCAGCUCCUGUGCCAAUAUGGCAGCAGCGAACGAGGCUACACAAGUUCAUGCCUAUGCCCAAAAAAGGGGGUUGCAAGGAUUUCUGCAGGUUGCGAAUGCUCUUAUCAUGGCGUAUGGUAAGAACGGUUUUGUUCAAGAGGUGAAACGGAUAUUUGCGAUGACAGAUAACCCGGAUAUGGUCACAUGGUCUUCCAUGGUUUCUUCACACGCGUACCUCGGGUAUGCCAAGGAUGCCAUGCAUUUGUUUCAGAGAAUGCUCCAACAAGGCAUACAGCCUGAUGGCAUUGCCUUCCUUGGAGUUCUUUCUGCCUGCAGUCAAGCUGGGCUCAUUGAAGAUGGCUUACGCUAUUUCCUUAUGAUGACGAGGAGCUACCUUAUCGAUCCGAGUCCACAACAUCUGGCUUGUCUGGUUGAUCUCUUAGGGAGAGCUGGUAGGAUUGAAGAUGCUUACAAUGUUGUAGUCAAACUUUCCAGCGAAAGCAACACUGAUAUUAUUGGAGCUUUCCUUGGUGCUUGCAAGAUGCGGGGCAAUAUCGAGUUGGCAAAGUGGGCUGCUGAUAAGCUUCUACGCCUGGAGCCAAGAGAGGCAGUAAAUUAUCUGCUUAUGUCCAACGCAUUUGCUGCUGCAGGAGCUUGGAAUGAGCUUGCAAAAGUAAGAAGUGCGAUGAGGAACAGGUGUGCCAACAAGGUGCCUGGCUGUAGUUGGAUAGAGAUAGGUGGAACGGUUCGGACAUUUGUCUCCAAUGAUAUGGUACUCCAUCGAUCGAUGGAGAUGCAACUAAUGAUGGAGCUUACUAUUUCACAUGUGCAAAAAGAGUGCACUGAAGACACAAUUUUCGAGGAUCCAAUUCUAAUUCAACAAUGGCAAUGAUACUUCUCCAGAUAUUUGAUUUACUAAUCUGGGGUCACUUUGGCAUCUGCAACAGUCUCAGAGCUUAUUAGUGUGACCGUUCUCAUGUAAGUGAUAUAUCUUUAGUUUAGUGUAUUUGUGCCAACCUAUAAUAGCACUAUUUGAAUUGCCGAAACUGCCUUGCUUAGGUGCAUAAAAAUUAAAAAUAUGAUUGAUCUAAAUUCAGGAAAGCAGAAAGUAUCGCUAUGUUUUAUAUUGUGUCAUAUUUAUGUAGUAUUGAAACAAACAAUAUAUAAUUAUUACAAUAAAACAAUAUGCAAUCAAUCUUACGUACUCUAGAAUAUCAAGCUAUUAAUUUUCAUGUUUAAAUUCUGUGAAAUAAUUAAUACUGUAGCAAACAGGUGAUAGCCCUUGCACUAUCUUAGAAAGUGAUGUAUUUGAUUUUCCUUGCGAAAGGUUCCCUGCCAUAAAUUUCGUUUUCGCUUUUGCCAUACUGCAGUUAAUUUUAAAUUUAGUCAUUCUGUUCCAUGUUGUAUUAAACAGUUGCCAUACUUUCAGUUUGCAUUUCAUAAAUUGGUAAGAUGCUUACGCCAGGUAGUCAGUCCUUGUGGAUUGCUACUUUAGAAAAAUAGAUAUCUAGCCUGAUAUUUCUCUUCGAAAUCUAUUUUUUUAUUCAUGUGUCUUUUAUUUGGUAAACAAGGUUUAAGACCUGCAGAUUCUUGUUCUGAUGUUUUGCUUCUGUACAUCCGUUAGUCUGUUACUGAUUUCCAUUUGCCCCCUGGAGUAAUAAUUUUGGGUGCUUCUCUCAGGAAGUUGAAGAUUAUGUUUAUACCAAUGUUGUUAUUUAAGCGAGCUUCUAAGAUAAUCUCGAGCUACAUUUUUUUUAUUGUACAAUAAUGCAGCUCUUUGAUUUGAAAAGUUGGUUAAAGCUUUGCAGUCCUGCUGUUGUUGAAUAACUAUGCCACAUGAUUAUAUAUGGUACGGUACUUGUUAAGUUUUACACGGUCAUGCAUUAAGUAUACCUUUACUUUUUCUCUUUUCUUUUUUGCAAGAAAGGGAUACUGGUGUUGACUUGGAAGCGGGUACAGAUCCCAUCUUGUUUACCAAAACCAACAGCGCCCUUUAGGAUUUCAUUCAGUUUUAAAACAUUCUGCGCUGAUUUUGUGAAUCCAAAGGACUACAAGAAGUUAGUACAGGAGGUACUCACUGAGAUGACUGAUGUUGGAGUUAACCACAGUGUUGAAUGUACAGGCCACAUUGACACUAGGUAUAAUGGAUAGGGUGUUGCUGUGCCAAGGUUAUUGCGAUCAAGACUCAUCCAAUGAACUUAUUAAACCAAGAGGACUCUGAAAGGGACUCCCUUGGGAACUACAAACCACCUCCAAUCAGCUCUAGGUUGUGGAAUUGUACGUGAUAGAAUCAUAUAAAAAUCCAAAGAGGAAAGACUGCAGAGACCUACUGAGGGUCCUUGCUCGCCAAGGUAACUACUCCCACUACAGCUAAUCUUGUCAACAUGUUGGACUUAUCCUCGAAAUCUCCACGAAGCUUGCGUCAGAAGGACUUUGCCCCUCCCCUAUAUAUAUAAACAAUUCACAGGCAGCUGUGACAAGAACUCACCACAUCACAAGAACAACCACAACUAGGAGAUACAAAGCAAAAAACGAAGUGUGCUCACGAAGUGAAAGGAGGGAUCCAUAUAUCAACAUAUAAGUUCAAGGAUCAAGAUGGUCCUGGGCUUGGAUUGCUUUGGUUUUAUUGCGAGGAAGGCGUCAAAGUCAUCUACGCAGAAAGAAGAUGGAGACACGAUGAAGCAGAAGGAGAACGAUGUGGCAAAAGAAGCAUCAUCCCCAAAGGCUGGUGAGAAGAAGGGGGGUAAGGCUGUGGAGAAGAAGAGCAAGGACACAGGGGCUCCCCUUGUGGUACCUCACUUUCCUCAGCGUUCUACUCCUGGGUUGCUCUAGUUUUGUGUUCAGUCUUUAAUUCUCUCUUGGUGUUCUUGCUGAAGCUAAGUAGGCAAUUAGAGUGGAAAUACAUAUGGUGAGUUCCAAAGGCAAAUUAGUCACGUAAUGUGGAUAAUCAGAACUAGCAUGCUGAGUUGUCAGAUGGAUCAUCUUGGGCCAAAACUUGAGUUUGACUAGUGUUUAUAGUAGCUCGAUAAGAACUCAUGUUUAACUCUGUUUCUCUGAAUCAAUGGAUUAUAUAUUCAAACA